GAAGCUAGAUUCAUCUUUACAGGUUCCAUAGUUAUUGACAAGCUUUGGAGAUAUAUCUCAUUAUGGACUGUAUCUCGGGUAUUCAGCGACAGAGUAGCUCAUCAGCUCAUGAUAUUGAGCUUGCUUCUUCCACACUUCCAGAUAAACACUUGUCUCCCGAUGCUCUCCUCUGGUGGAAUGCUACAAGUGAGAUUGUACGGGACCUGCUUGUUUCCGGAAAAUAUGACUUGCGCCAACAGACUUCCGCCAUGAUGUUCUAUCACACAUACAUCGUUCCCAAUCUCGGUGCAUUUCCGAUGGAUGCAAACCAGCCCCCUCAAUGGAAAAGCUACAUGACUGAUGAUUUCAGUCCCAUCGAAUUUAGCUGGAACUGGGGAAAUGCACAAGGAGAUGUUGAUAGAAGAGUGCGCUUUAGUAUUGAAGCUAUUAACAAGGAAUCCGGCACAGUUACCGAUCCAUGGAAUCAGAAAGCUACUAUUGAUCUUGUUGACCGCCUUGAAGCUGAUGUGCCGGAAAUCAACGUGCAGUGGUUUUACCGUCUUCUUAAGGAUUUCACUCCCCCAAAAGACGUUCUUUCUGAAGAUUUUAUAUCCCGGUUCGAUCCGCAACAACCCCGCUCAAGUUUAUUCAUGGCAUUUGAACUGAGAGAUAAGAUGCCUGUUGUCAAGCUGUACAUGAUGCCGUUUGCAAGAGCAGUUGGAACAUCUCAAACAGAAUCUGCUGUUAUUUUCGAAUCUUUAUCCAGUUUUGCUCAUGAAAUGAAAUGGUCAUCCCUUCAAGGAUUGGUUCAGUCUUUAAACUUGAAGAGCAGGUCACUCGGACUUGAUCCAUUCAUGAUUGCCUUUGAUUGCCUUUCGCCCCAAAAGUCACGCAUGAAGAUAUAUGCUAGGUGUCCAGACAUAAGACUGGCAAGCGUCAUGGAAACUAUGAGUAUCUUCGAGGAUAAGUCUAAAAUUUCAGAUGGCUUAAAAGAGCUUCAAAUGUUGUGGGAUCUGGUCUUUAGUUGUGGUGGCCAAAGUCAUACCGACUGUCUUCCUCACAAAGCGCACAUCACCUCAGGAAUUCUCUAUUACUUUGAAGUUCGUCCUGGUAGUUCCAAAGUUACCACAAAAGUUUACCUUCCGGUGAAACAUUACGCAAAGGAUGAUCUCUCUGUUGCUGAAGGACUGCAAGAGUUCUUCAGGAAACGCAGAGGUAUGCAAGACCAGAGUGCAGGGGACUUCAUGGGUGUGUUGAAUCGAAUGUGCACUUACCGUCGCCUAGAAAAGGCCACUGGGCUACAGACGUACAUUUCAUGCAAAAUCGAGAAUGACUCUUUGGAAAUCACCUCUUAUCUGAGUGCCGAGAUGUACAAUGAGGGGCGUUGGUCACGCGGGAAUCCUACCGUUUAGAAAGAACUCGGACGCAAGCUUUUGUGUCAAUGUUUUGUUCUUUGAAAUUUCAUUCAUCUAUAAUCAGCAAGAACAGUGAUAGAAAAUGAAAUGGAAAGUUGAAGUCGUUCUGAUACAUAAUAAAAAUUGCUUCCCGCACGCGGAGCUUGAAAAAAACAACAGCUUCAACAAGAUUCAGCAAUAACAAAUAUAUCUUCUGAUUGGUUUAUUAUCCGUUCUGAAUAGCUGAGGUUCAAGAUGAGCUUGGCUAGCGUAUCGUUUUUUUUUUACGAACGAUACUUGUCAUCUAGUUUGAAUACAUCAGAGUCCCUGGCCCA